ACAGAGUAGAGGAGCGGUGAAGCGCCCGGAUCCUGCGCUGCCGUGGUCCCAGCCUGGCCGUUUGCCGUCCCCGUGCCCGAUGGAUCCAGCACUGGCUGGGGACGCUCCUCACGCUGAUCAGCUGAGCCCGGUGGGAGAACACUAGUGGGACGUGAGUGCAGCACUGCAAGGGACAGAUCCUGCCAGAAGAUGGCUCAGGCCACCGGGAGCAUCAACAGUGACUACAGGGACUGGGAGUGGAGCGCCGAUGCUGGGGAACGGGCCAGGCUCCUGCAGAGCCCCAGCGUGGAGACGGUACCGAAGAGCGGGGAGAGCCAAGGCAGCGGCCUGGGGGCCACAUCCGCGCUGGGCGCCGUGUUCAUCGUGGUGAACGCCGCCCUCGGGGCCGGCCUGCUCAACUUCCCCGCCGCGUUCAACAUGGCCGGCGGCGUGGCCGCGGGCAUCGCGCUGCAGAUGUGCAUGCUGAUCUUCAUCAUCGGGGGCCUGGUCAUCCUGGCAUACUGCUCGCAGGCCAGCAACGAGCGGACGUACCAGGAGGUCGUGUGGGCGGUGUGCGGGAAGGUGCCGGGCGUGCUGUGCGAGGUGGCCAUCGCUGUCUACACCUUCGGCACCUGCAUUGCUUUCCUCAUCAUUAUCGGAGACCAGGAGGACAAGAUCAUCGCUGCGCUGGUGACAGAGCCUGAGGAAGCGGGGAGCAGCCGCUGGUACACCGACCGCAAGUUCACCAUCAGCAUCACGGCCUUCCUCCUCAUCCUGCCCCUCUCCAUCCCCAAGGAGAUCGGCUUCCAGAAGUACGCCAGCUCUCUGAGCGUGAUCGGCACGUGGUACGUCACUGCCGUCAUCAUCAUCAAGUACAUCUGGCCCGACAAGGAGCUUGUGCCUGUGGAGAUCCCCACCAGCCCCUCCACCUGGAUGGCCGUGUUCAACGCCAUGCCCACCAUCUGCUUCGGGUUCCAGUGCCACGUGAGCAGCGUGCCCGUCUUCAACAGCAUGAAGCAGCCGGAGGUGAAGACCUGGGGGGCGGUGGUGACAGCGGCCAUGGUGAUCGCUCUCUUUGUCUAUACGGGCACUGGCGUCUGCGGCUUCCUGACGUUCGGGGCCAGCGUGGACCAGGACGUGUUGCUCUCCUACCCUUCCAACGACAUCCCCGUCGCCCUCGCCCGGGCCUUCAUCAUCCUGUGCGUGCUGACGUCCUACCCCAUCCUGCACUUCUGCGGCCGGGCCGUUCUGGAGGGCCUCUGGCUGCGCUACACCGGGGUGACGGUAGAGGAGGACGUGGUUCGGGAGCGGAGGAGGCGCCUGCUUCAGACCAUCAGUUGGUUCCUGCUGACUCUUCUCCUGGCUCUCUUCAUCCCUGACAUCGGCAAAGUCAUCUCCGUCAUCGGGGGCUUGGCCGCCUGCUUCAUCUUCGUCUUCCCAGGGCUCUGCCUGAUUCAAGCCAAACUCUCCGAGAUCCAAGAAACGAGGGCCAUCAGCUGGUGGGCCCAGGUCAGUUACGGGGUGUUCAUGGUCACCCUCGGAGCCUUCAUCUUCGGACAGACCACUGCCAAUGCCAUCUUUGUGGAUCUCACAGCCUGACGCCUUCUCCGGGCUGGCCUGGGCUGCUGCCACGGGGAAGCAGAUUUCCUGCUCCAGGACCAGGGGGGAGUGGGGAGAAAACAUUUUGGUAUACUGGGAGCAUCCAGGAGGAACGUUGAAAUCCGGGGCUUUGCUGACAGAGCCCUGCAGGGAC